AUGGCGCUCGUGCGCUUCUUCACCAAUCUGCUGUCGCUCUUCAUCCCAGAGGCACAGCAGUGUUAUGCCAGGAUGAACGAGGCCGUGUUGAAGCCGACAGAAGAGCAGCUGAUCCAGCAGGCGAGAGAAAUACAUGAGAUGCUGCUCAUCAGCUCCAGUUUCCUGGUGCCGUCGCGGCAGCCGAGGCAGCCCGUCAUUUCCUGGGAAGACCUGAUCGUUGCUGCAGUCCUGGUCCUGCUCUUGGGACUGUACUGGUGGACCAGGAGAAGGAGCCCUGACACAGACGACAGCAGCAGUGAGGGGAGCUCAGGCAGUGACACACACUGCCAGGAGGUAGAAAGCGAAGGAGAAACUGUUGAAGAGAGGCACCACGCUUUGAUUUAUGAGAGGCGCAUCCAGUGGACAGUGCUCAGUCUGUGCUACACCAGCAGCACGGUGCAGGAGCUGCUGGAUGACCUCCUCCGUUUAUUGCAAGGGCGCUUGGCCAACAGUUCCUCCCCGGAGCUGCAGCCAGCCAUCGGCGUGGGCAGCGCCUUCGAAGGCUGGAAUCCUUGCGACAGCGACGUCACAUACCGCAUGCUCGUGCCCCUGAAGGCCCCCCAUGGCUACUCCUUCCACCUGGAGCCAGACUUUGCACAGGAACUGCCGGGAAAGAACUUCUGCGUCCGUGUGUCCCCGGAGUGCACCUGCAGCGCAGAGGAGCCGGCAGGAGACGCGCCGUGCUUCCUCCACUACCCUGAGGAGCCACGGAGGAGGAAUCAGGGUCCCAGUGUCCUCGACACCCUCUGCACUGGCCCUUACCUCGAUGUUCAUAAAACUGCCCUCUGGUUCCAGAACUUGGUGACGUCAGCCUGGGGGGAGCUGCCUCAGUCUCGCCGCUACCAGAUGCAGCUGCAGCUCUCCAGACACUCCUGCAAGCUGAAGCUGUCAAACGCCGCCCGAGCACCUCUCUUUGUUGAGCUGCUUUUUGGCGUGCAGCAAGGUGACUCAGACAUCUUUGUGAGCAGCCAGACUGCAGCAGGUUUCUUCACCCCACGCACGACGUGGCCUGAGACCUGCGCUGUGGCAGAGGCCAAGUUCUUCAGGCACGUGGCCAGGAACGCCCCGCCUGGCAGCUACCACCUCAACUGCCUGCAGCUCUGCGCUCGCAUGGUGCCAGGAACGGGCUUUUCCACCUAUAUCAUCAAGACGGUUGUGAUGCACCUCCUGACCACCACUCCCCUGUCAGACUGGCGCAGGAGGUAUCUGCUGCCGCGCCUGAAGGAAAUCAUGCGGUACCUGCGCCGCAGAGUGGAGGAGAAGCGCCUCAACCACUUCUUCUUUGGCAACCACAACGUGCCCGAGGAGAUCGUCUUGCCUCCUGCCUUCCGAGAGGCCAAACCCAUCAACCUCUUCCAGCACCUGACAGACGAUACGGCUGCCCACGCCGAGGCACUGCGUGACUGUGAGCAGCUGCAAGAUCGGCUCACAGGACGGCUCAUCCGUGAGGAUGAAAGAGGUCUUGAGGCAGAGAGCUGAGGGGAGUGGGAGCCGAUGCAGCUGAAGGGGCCAUUGCCAGGAGCCUGGCAAGAGAGACUCGGCACUGCCCAUUAGCGAUUGCUCUCGCUCCCUGAGGUGUCUCUGGGAGCUUGACCUUGUACAUAGUUGCUUGUUUGAAGAAGUAGUUGAGUAAACGGUCGUUUGAACAAACGCCCGGCCUGUGAGCGUCCGUGUGUCCCUCUGUGGGGAACGCAGGUACAGGCUACUGGCUUCUGGGCUGCCCAGAGGCAGGGAGCAUUCAGCACAAUCACAGCACCUUAAGGUUUGGAAGGGACCUCAAAAGAUCAUCUAGUUCAACCCCUCUGCCAGAGCAGGACCACCUAGAGUAGGUCACACCGGAACUUGUCCAGGUGGGUUUGGAAUGUCUCCAGAGAAGGAGACUCACGUGCUGUUCCUAAGCAGGCUGUGACUCCAUGGGAAGCCCACGAUGGAGCUGCACAUUGAAGAGCUGCAGCCUGUAGAAGGGCUCCCACGCUGGAACACUUUGCGAGGAGCUGCAGCCCAUGGGAAGGGCUCACUUCAGAGAGUUCAUUGCAGGGGUACAGCUGCAUUCUUGCCACAGCUUGCAGAGGGGUCUCUGGUCUGGUGCUCCUCCUUCCUUCCUCCUUCUCUGACUGUGGGGUGCGUGUGGUCGCCUCCAUCGUGUAUCACUCUCACACCUCCUGCCAGCACUUCAAACUCCCGUCCCUAAAUACUCUGGCAGAGGCACCAGAUUGGCCCAGCCGGGCCGGAGGUGGGUGUAAGCCCAGGAGCUGGGGGAGAGGCUGAGAACUCUUUACUGGGUCUUCACUGCAACCCCCUCCUCCUGUUACCAAGCAAAAGCUGCUCCUUGCUAAGCCAUGACAGAAGGCCAGAGCCCUUCUAGAAUUAAAUGUAGCCAGGGAUGUUAAGGACAGGAAUGAGGCAUUUGUCAAGUACCUCAGCAGCAGAAGGAUGGUGAGGGGGAACGUGGGCCCUCUGCUAAAUGCUGAUGGUGCUCUGGUGUCUGAGGAUGCAGAGAAGGCUGAAGUACUGAAUGCCUGAAAACACUGAAAGUACUGAAAACAGGGAGCAGCUGAGAAGAAGUAAAAGCAGGAUAUGUUUAACCACAGCUGUGCUGAGAUUUGGCUUAAACUAAGUGUGAGCUUUAGCAAUUAACCAAUGAGCUCGUGCCGAGCAGCACAUUGCUUUGCAGAUGUAACCAGUAAAUGUUAUGUUACUGUCACCUGAAUUCUGUACUAUUGUAUAAAUAUCAGUGUGUAUGACUAAUAAAUGGGCUUUGAGCAUUGA